CGCGGGCUGGCGCGAGCGCUGGGCUUGCUUGUGGCGGUUGCUCAGGCGACUGCGGCGGCGCCGCGCGGGGAGGGGGCCGGCGAGCGAGGAUUCGAGCGGCCUCUGGGCCGAGGCGUCUGCUGGAGCCUGCAGCCAGGCUGCCCCGGGAGCCGAGUCCGCCGAGCGGACCGUCCGCGCGCUGCCCAGCCCGAGAGACGGCCUGCCUCCCGCCCCUGCCGCCGGCCUCCGAUGCCCUGACGGGGCCUUCGCGGCGUGGGGCGCUGCUCGCCUGGAGUCCGGCCCCGCCGUGCCGGUGCCGUUCCGCGGCCAUGUGGACCUUCCUGGGCAUCGCCACCUUCACCUACCUCUAUAAGAAGUGCGGGGACUUCGUGAGCCUGGCCGUCCGGGAGCUGCUGCUGGCCGCGCUGGUCUUCCUGUCGCUCGGCCUCGUGCUGUCCUACCGCUGCCGCCCCCGGAGCGGCUCCCAGGCCGCCGUCUUCUUUGACGUCCUCUCGGGGCUGCCCGUCAUCGGCUUCUUCUGGGCCAAGUCGCCGCCUGCGGCAGCCAAUACAAGGCAGCUGGAGUCCCUGAGGCAUAGAAAAGGAAUCCAUAUGUCCGAAACAGCCUUAACAGGAGCAGCUACCUCCAUCUCAGCGUCUUCUUUGAAUGAUCCAGAAGUGAUCAUCGUGGGGUCUGGCGUACUUGGCUCUGCUCUGGCAGCAGUGCUCUCCAGGGAUGGAAGAAAGGUGACAGUAAUUGAGAGAGACUUAAAAGAGCCUGACAGGAUAGUUGGAGAAUUUCUGCAGCCUGGCGGUUAUUGUGUUCUGAAAGACCUCGAUCUUGGAGAUGCCGUGGAAGGCAUCGAUGCGCAGUGUAUGAACGGCUACGUAAUGCACGAUCGGGAGAGCAAGUCAGAGGUGCACAUCACCUACCCUCCCUCCGAAGACGGCCAGGUGCACAGCGGGAGAGCCUUCCAUCAUGGCAGAUUCAUCAUGAAUCUCCGGAAAGCAGCCAUGGCAGAGCCCAAUGCAGAGUUUAUUGAAGGCGUUGUACUGCAGUUACUGGAGGAAGACGAUGCCGUGAUUGGAGUGAAGUACCGAGAUAAAGGGACCGGAGAUGUCAGGGAACUUCAUGCUCCAUUGACUGUAGUAGCAGAUGGGAUUUUCUCCAAGUUCAGGAAAAACCUGAUCUCCACUGAAGCUUCUGUUUCAUCUCAUUUUGUUGGCUUCCUUAUGAAGGAUGCACCACAGUUUGAACCCCAUUAUGCUGAACUUCUUCUACUUAAUCCAAGCCCAGUUCUCAUCUACCAGAUUUCAUCCAGUGAAACGCGAGUACUUGUUGACAUUCGUGGACAAAGGCCAAGGGAUCUAAGAGAAUACUUGGCUGAACAAAUUUACCCACAAGUACCUGAUCACCUGAAAGAACCAUUCCUAGAAGCCUCUCAGAAUUCUCUUUUGAAGUCGAUGCCAGCAACGUUCCUCCCUUCUUCACCAGUAAACAAACGAGGUGUUCUUCUUUUGGGGGAUGCAUACAACGUGAGGCACCCGCUCACCGGGGGAGGCAUGACUGUGGCUCUAAAAGAUGUAAAGCUGUGGAGGAAACUGCUGACGGGUAUCCCUGACCUUUAUGACGAUGCAGCUGUUUUGCAGGCUAAAAAAUCAUUCUAUUGGACCAGAAAAAAUUCUCACUCUUUUGUUGUGAAUGUCCUUGCUCAGGCGCUGUAUGAAUUAUUUUCCGCUAGAGAUGAUUCCUUACAUCAACUAAGAAGAGCCUGUUUUCUUUAUUUCAAACUUGGUGGACGGUGUGUUGCUGGUCCCGUUGGACUGCUUUCUGUGUUGUCUCCAGACCCUCUAGUUUUAAUUGGACACUUCUUUGCUGUCGCAGCCUAUGCCAUGUAUUUUUGCUUUAAGUCGGAACCUUGGAUUACAAAACCCCGAGCCCUUCUCAGCAGUGGUGCUGUAAUUUACAAAGCGUGUGCUGUCAUAUUUCCUCUGAUUUACUCAGAAAUGAAAUACAUGGUUCAUUAAGCUUAAAGGGACCACUUGAACGCACCAUGUCCUCAGGACUUCUCAGAAGAGUGGAGAGUGCAUCUAGCGUAGUACCUUACUAUACUGCUUCUACAGUGGAACCUCUGGGACCAAGAUUGGGAGUGCUUUGUUUUUGACUUUUUGUAUAUAAGCAUGUAAAUAUAUGCCUUAAUUUACAAUUUAAAAUGAAGGGUAAAAUAAGCUAGGUAUUUAAAAGAAAUGAUUGUGACCCUAAGUUUGUGCUAACCUGAGGAACUAUUUUUCUUUUGAUCUCAGUGUUCGGAACAAGUCCUGGGUCAUCCAAAUAAAAUGGUGAAUCCUCACAGCUUUCUUGUGGGCUGCUUUGCAUAGCUGCUUGGUGAGGGGAGAAAAAACAAAGUGAGAUGGGAAGAGCAGAGACCUGUCCUUUAGGUCACCCUGACUUUGGGGCAGGUAUCUUAUCCCCUUCACCUAAUCCGAGGGCAGUUUUCUGAAGCUUUUUUCUGAGUGCUCUGAAAAUAUCAGAUCCUUAAAGGAAUAGCAAAAAGCUUACACAUUCUUUUCUGUGACACUAAUAAGCAAGGCCAGCAUUAUCUCAGGAAACAGUUAACGAACAAAUGAAUACUUCUAAGAAGUGGAGUAAUGCUGUAAAAUCAGUUAGAAUUUUAAUUAUUUUUGAGGUACUCUGGAUUGUAUGCAGUGCCUUCUCACUGACCUACAUCCCAGCCCUUUCUUGUGAUACAGGGGAUUGAACUCAGGACUUUGUGCCUGCAGAGUAAGCGCUCCACCCCUGAGCUACAUCCCCAGCCCUCAUCUCAGCCUUUUUAUCAUUUUUUAUUUGAGGCAGGUUCUUGCUAAGUCACCCAGGCUAGCCACCUGCUGCCUCACCUCCCCGAGUGCUGGGCUUACAGGCCUGUGCCCGACACUUGGUUCACUGUGGUAUUUCCUCAGUAAACAUCACCUCUUGCUGAAUAAAAAACAGCUCAUGGUGAUUUGCAAAACCAGUCUUGCUAAAUGAGCACUGAAGAGGUUAUGGAGGCCUCUGUCCUGGGCAUCGUUAAAAUCUGAGCAAAUCUCUAAAUGCCAGGAAAAUAAUCGCAGUACAAUAUAACCUGAAAGUCUAAUGAUGGAGAUAAAAAUGAUUUAUACACUUACAAUAAAAACUUACUUGAAUUUUUA